AAAUCUUGGCCGACUCAGGGCACAGCUACGUCGCCCUGCCGUUUCUUUCCGCUACGACCAGGCCUUUAUAGACGUCCGCAGAGCUUGGGCGUCGCGCACCCAUCCCUCUCCUUUCCUGGCCGUCUACUUGUUGUGUGCAACGAAUGGCUCUCGCGCUCCGUCCCACUGCCGUGGCGCAUCGUGCCCCCCACUCCGCGCGUGCGUUCGGCAGCUCUUCGACCCCGAACAAGGCCAUUCCAUUCUUCCUCAAUAGCUCUCGGUCUGGGGCUCUUCACAGCGAAGAUGCACCAGCAGCUGGUUCAUCCAAGUCAGGUUUAAGGAUGAUCAUGUUCGGCAAGCCAGGGGCAGGAAAAGGAACUCUAUCUGGGCGCUUGACCACAAAAUAUGACAUUCUUUCGCUUUCGACCGGCGAUCUUUUGAGGCAGCAUAUUGCAGAAAAAACUGAGGUGGGGAAGGCUGCAGAGCCAAUAGUGGCCAGCGGUGGACUCCUCCCGGACGAAAUCAUGUUGAAGGUUGUCACCUCUAAAUUGGACCAUCUGCACAAUAAGCACUGGAUUCUUGAUGGCUUCCCUCGGACGGUCGGGCAAGGUAAAUUGCUCGAUGCUCACUUGCGCGCGCAGCACAUGCCGCUGAACCUCAUCGUGAACCUUGAUGUUCCUGACUCAAUAAUUCUGAGUCGUAUAUCCGACCGAUGGGUCCAUCUCCCUUCAGGACGAGUGUAUAACAUGUCCUACAACCGACCAAAGGUCGACGGCCUUGAUGACGAGACAGGCGAACCGCUUACGAAGCGCCCGGACGAUAACCCUGAAACUUUUGCCCGCCGCUUGGCCCAAUUCUACUCCUCGACGUCUCCAUUGCUUUCAUAUUAUGCGGACCAAGAUAAACAGCAGCAGUCCUCGAAACUUGUCGCACUCACCGGAGAGACAUCGGACGAGAUCUGGCCACUACUCGAGAGGACUGUGAAGGCCGUCGUACCAAAUCUCAGGGAACGGGCAGCAUACCGCCGCAAGACGAGUCUCAGCGAUGCUGUUGCCGCUUCCGAGGAGGAGGCAGGUCGAAGAGCAUCCGGAAUCACUGCCUCUUCUACGUGAACUCCUUUUUUCUGUCGCAUUUCUUUCUUUCUUCUUCAUCUUCUUUUACACUGUAUCCAUGUCUUUUCCCGCUUUUCCCUGGCUUUUUCUGCUUAUAUCCUUUCGGUUCACAUUUUCACAUUCUGACUUCGCACUUGUGCGUCCCUACCUUGCUUGUUUCGGCCGGUAUGAACUUGGCCAGCUGAUUGCACAUUCUUUCAUCUAAAGUGUUAUAGGCUUUCGUUUUUCGUGGUUGCUGUGGGUGCCGUUCAGGGUCCUUUUUGGCAUUACCCCGUGUGCACUUGUUCAGGAGAUGACUUGAUGCUAUGCGAUGACAGUGUAUCAGUAGGCUUACUUAUGCGCGCUCGGAAUCUUAUGGAUAACGUUCUCCUCC